AUGGAGUCGAGCCGCGCCGGCGCCGCGGCGGGCUACCGCGACCCGACGACGCUGUUCGAAGACAGCGACGCCGCGUCUUUCGCCUCCUCCUCCUCGUCCGCCAGCGCGGCCGAAAGCGACGAGGACUACCACGCGUUGCAGCGCCUCUUCGCUGCCGUCCCGGGCCUGCUGGCCGCCCCUCCGGUGUCCUCGUCGCUCUGGAACCACCUGCACCCCCGCAAGGCACGUGACGGCGCUGCGCUGACGGCCGAGCAGCGCCAGGCGCGGGCGGCGCGGCGUCGACGGCAGCGGGAGCGGCAGGAGCGACGCUUCUUCCGCGAUCGCGGCGCGCUCGACUUCCAACGCAGCGCCGUCUUCGAGGUCGUCGCGGAGGAGCGGCCGCGGCGGGAUCGGAAAGGGGGCAGAGGAAGAAGCCUCAGCGACGGCGGCGGCGUGGCGGAGGCCGAGGUGUGGACUCGCGCCAGCCCACCGUCGCCGUCCUUUCCGCAGAACGACGGCUACACCAUCUUCGACGACGAGAAGGGGGAAGGGGAGGGGGAGGAAGACGCCAACGGUGAUUGUGUGCCGACUGAGCUGCAGGCGUGGUACGUGGCGGGAUACGCAGCCCCUUCCACCGCGGCACGCUCACCACAACCAUCACCGCAGCAGACGCGCCCGGCGGACGAGGCGGGGGCGGAGGAGACGUCGGCGCAGAGCAACACAAACGCAGCCGCCGUGCCUUGUCGCGACGGCGUUCCCGUGGUGGUGGAGGAGGGAACGGAGGAGGCUUCAGCCUUCGCGGCAGUCGCCCCGGUGGUGCGCAGCAGCGGGGCGGGUACGACGUCGGUGAACCUUCUGUGGAGCCGCGUGGUGCCCGACGCGGAGGUGCGGCAGACUCUUCGUCGACCCGCCCCACCUGUGGCGGAACACAAGCGGCGGAAGGUCACGGCAGGGCCGCAAAAGAGCGACGACGCAGCGAGCAGCGCGGAGGCUGGUCAGCCAAACCCGCUGCAUCCCCCUCGCGAGACGGCGCACACCGCAGAGGCGACAUCGUCGAGCACGGCGUCUUUGGGUGGCGGUAGCAGCAGCAGUGGUAGUAGUAGCGGCAGCAGCAGCAGCCAAAGCGAGCUCGGGAAGCCGGCAAAGCAUGACCUGUCGCGACACGGCAGCAGCACGGAGGACGCGUUGGGUCAGCGGCCUCCCGUCUUCACGGCGGACCACGCCAACGGCGGCCGACCCCCGCUGCACGCGCACCGCUACGUCGAGCAGCCGAACGGCGUCUUCCUCGAUCACGCGCGACACGCCGACUUGCUGGCGCAGUACGCGCUGGAGGAGCAGCUGCGGUACGCCCAGGAGAAGGAGGACGCCCGACGGGUCCGGCGGUGGAACCGCCUCCUCCACGGCACGGACACUCCGAAACGCGGCGGUGCAGGCGGUGGCGGCACCCAGGGCGAUGGCAGAGGCAGCCGGUACAACGCGCUGUACGACGCCGCGACCUACCGGAAGAAGUUCGUGUCCAUCCUGUGUUGCCUGCGGCGCAUCCACAUCUUUCUCGUGAGCGUGGCGGCAGGGGUGUCUCUCAUCACGUUGAUCGCCAUAACAGUGCCGUUUCCGCAGCUGCAAGCCGGCGAAGCCGAGGACGGACUUUCCAGCUCUACGGCUGCUGUCCUGUUGCUCGCGAUGCUCAACACGACGAACCGCACGUCUGCCCUGCCCGCUGCGCAGGUGCUGCCGGUGCUUCAACAAGGCCGCCCCGCCCUCGCCGUCGUCCUGGCGCUUCUCCAGCCGUAUCACGCCUCUCUUUUUGUUUUCCUAUGCAUUCUGCUCGUCAUCACGGGCUUCGCGCCGGUGCCGUGGGGCGUGGCGGAGCGGUACUGGACGGCGCAGCGGCGGCGGUGGCUCGCGUACGACGAGGCGGCACAGCAGCAGCAGCAGCAAGACGGCGGUGGGGCGGGGUUGGGCAGUCGCCCUUCGCAUCACCACGCCUACGGCAGCAACUCGUGUGAGGAGGAGCGCAACGACUCGAGCGGGAGUGCCGGGGCGUACUUCAUGCCGCGCCAUCAGUACAGCCCGCUGUCGCGCACCCUCGCGCCCGGACUCCGCAGCCCGCUGCGGGCGGGGACAACAUUCCGAGGCGGCGCCGGCGGCGGCAUCAGCUAUGGCUACACGGACUUUGAAGCGGCGCAGAUGCGAGCGGCGGCGGCGAUGCCGUCACGCUCGGUGCACGGACCGCGGCUUGGCUCCCCUCUUGGAGGUGGCGGUGGCGGCGACUACGACGGGCUUGGCGGGGCGCGGUCCAGCGGCAGCUACGUCUUCGGCAACAACAACAACUACGACGCGCUGCGGAACAGCAUCUCCCUCGCCAUGACGCGCGGCGCCACGGGAAACCGAGACACCUACAGCCCGUCGGGCGCCUCCUUCUCCGCACCGUCGCACCGCGCCGCCCGCAGCAUGUCGGUGGCAGACCUGCUCACGCGCUACCACGAUGGUGGUGCUGCCUACUCCCCCGACGCUGCUGCUGCUGCGGCUUCGGCAAGCGGCUUCAACAGCAGCAGCAGCGCCGCCGAACUUCCGUCGGGCUCGCUCCUCUCGCUCUCUCGCGGCGGCGGCGGCGGCGGUGUUGGCGGUCAUCUGUCCGCCACGGCGACGCUGACCGGCUCUGGUGGGUGGAGUCCGCCGGGGAGUGUGAGCGGCCGGUCGGGGCGCCACCGCGGCCGCGGGUUGGGCGGCGGCGGCGCGUCGUCCGCCUCGAGCCCCCUCGACGGCGCCGCGCGCUCGCCUCGCGGGGCGCUGACCCUCAACGGGCGUCUUCUCACCCUUCCCACGCCGCUGCUGCUGAUGCCCGUCACCGCGCUAGAAGGUCGUCUCUCCGCCGACAACGUCUUCGCGCGCACCUUCGACUACAUCGAGCGACGUACGAUGCAGUGGCUGUGCAACGCGCUGCAGCACGUGUGGAGCUCCGUCGGUCGCCGUGGGAAGGCGGGCGAAAGCGAUGAAGAUCGCGGCGGCGGCUGCGGUGGUCGGUGUGACGCCGCUGCCGGUGUUGCGGGAUCUGCCCUGCCAGCGCCGCCGGGCGGGCAUCAUCAUCAUCAUCGCCACCGCCACGGUCAUCGCCAUGCCCGCGUCGCGUAUCCUGCGGUUCCGGUCUCAUUGUACCUGCACGUGCUGUUGGAGCCGCGACUGUGGUGCGUUGUCGUGGCCCUCGCGCUGACCUUGGUGGAGCUGGCCGUUGUGGAUGAGCGCAGUGUGGAGUUGAUGUGGCGUGCGCAGCCGCCUUCGUGGUGGUCGUCGUCGGCGGGGUUUAUCACGUCGCCGCAAGACGGUGCUCUCCCGCACACGUGGCUGACGGCAGCCUUCUCCUACCCCUCCAGCGGCCUGGAAGGGUCUCCCCUCACCACCACCGCGGCGACCACGCUGUUGCACAUUGGCAGCGGCAGCACUACGAACUACGAUGAGGGCGCACACGUGGGUCGCGUGAUACUGGCCGUGUACGCGACGCGAGCCGCGGUGGUGUGGGUGGCGUUCCUGCUGAACCUCUUCUUUUAA